AUGGCUGCUAUCGAUGCUCUCCUUGAGGGAGAAGCUCAAGAAAUCGGCCAGCGUCAACCUUCAAUCCAGGAUCCUGAGGCGCUCAAGCGUCAUCUAGAGCAGCUUCUCCUCUCGCCUUCGCCAGACUUCUCACCGGAAUGGCUGAACCGUUUACAACAGCGAUGGGACUUCGAGGCCGACUACACAUCUCUAUACAAAGUUGCACCACCACAUACUCGAACACUAACCAGAUUUCAGCGUCAUGGAUUGGAGGGUCGCGUUACAGGCUACAAGAACGUUACAGUCCCUGCAAACAGUGCCACAGCCAAGAACUCGACCAGUCUUUCUAGAAAGCCUGCGAAUCGCGCCGACUUUGUGAGGGGUGCUGCCGGCUUCUUCCCGUUCGCGCCUGGUGGUCUUGAAGGUAUUGAAGCGACAGCAGCAUUCGAGGACUCAGUUCACACAGGGGGUAUCGCAGAGCCAGGCAGUACUGGGAACAAACUGGAACGAGUAAUACAACUCGGCGCCGAAGGUGGACUGUUGGAGAUUGCUCCUGGAAUGAGCCGAGGUAUCGACUUCGCGAAGAAAAAGACAAGUAUUAGCCAAGAGGAUGCGAAUGCUAUCAAGGAAGUGCUCGAGGAGGAACCCGAGGAAGCCAGGGUUGGCCCCAAGGGUGACGAUGAAGUUUCACCAGACACCGCUACGCCAGAGCCAAAUGCAGACUCCGGAGAGGAUGGGGAUGAUAUCGACGACAUCUUGCCGGUAGAAUUCCCUGCUCUGGAGCCCCAUGGAGUCCUCGCAGCUUCGAGUGCUCGCAAAGCUGGUCGUGAGUGGGCGCACAUGGUUGACAUCAAUCAUGACAUGUCCAAUUUCAGAGAGCUCGUACCUGAUAUGGCUAGAGAAUGGCCAUUUGAACUCGACACUUUUCAAAAGGAAGCGGUAUACCACCUGGAAAACGGCGAUUCGGUUUUUGUUGCAGCACAUACCUCAGCUGGCAAGACUGUCGUGGCAGAGUAUGCGAUUGCACUGGCUGCUAAGCAUAUGACGAAAGCAAUUUAUACCUCGCCGAUCAAAGCAUUGAGCAACCAAAAGUUCCGCGAUUUCCGACAAACGUUUGAUGAGGUGGGCAUCCUCACUGGUGAUGUUCAGAUCAACCCUGAAGCCAGCUGCCUGAUCAUGACGACGGAAAUUCUUCGAAGCAUGCUUUAUCGAGGAGCUGAUAUUAUUCGAGAUGUCGAGUUCGUCAUCUUUGAUGAAGUCCACUACGUCAACGACUUUGAACGAGGUGUUGUCUGGGAAGAAGUUAUCAUAAUGUUGCCCGAGCACGUGUCACUCAUCCUGCUGUCAGCGACUGUUCCGAACACUAAAGAAUUUGCCUCGUGGGUCGGACGGACGAAACAAAAGGAUAUCUACGUUAUCUCUACCCCAAAGAGACCUGUGCCUCUUGAACAUUACCUUUGGGCUGGGAAAGACAUCCAUAAGAUUGUGGAUUCGGAAAAGAAGUUCAUCGAAAAGGGUUGGAAAGAUGCACACUUUGCUAUUCAGGGAAGGGAUAAGCAAAAACCUGCAGAAACUACCGUUGCUACGCGUGGAGGUAACCCUCGUGGCAACCAACGCGGCGGUACUCAACGAGGAGGGCGAGGUGGGGGACAACAGCAAAGAGGAGGCAAUCAACAGCGUGGUCGCGGAGGUCCACCCCGUGCAAGUCAUGCGCCUGGUCAUAUGGGUCGUGGCGGCCGUGCAGGUGGUUUCACAUCUGUUGCGCAGGACAAGAACCUCUGGGUUCAUCUCGUUCAAUACCUCAAGAAGCAGACCCUGCUUCCAGCCUGUAUCUUCGUGUUUUCGAAGAAGCGAUGCGAAGAGAACGCUGAUGCCCUCAGUAACCAAGAUUUCUGCACAGCAUCCGAGAAAAGCCAUAUUCACAUGAUCAUCGAAAAGUCAGUCGCGCGGCUGAAACCAGAUGAUAGACAGCUUCCGCAGAUUGUCAGGCUAAGGGAACUGUUGAGCAGAGGCAUAGCUGUUCACCAUGGUGGACUGUUGCCCAUUGUCAAAGAAUUGGUCGAAAUCCUGUUUGCUCAGACACUGGUGAAAGUACUGUUUGCCACAGAAACGUUCGCUAUGGGCCUGAAUCUUCCUACACGCACAGUGGUCUUCUCGGGAUACCGCAAACACGACGGACAUUCAUUCCGGAAUUUGCUACCUGGAGAGUACACUCAAAUGGCUGGUCGAGCUGGUCGUCGUGGUUUGGACACUGUUGGAUCUGUCAUUAUCGUACCACCAGGGGGUCUCGACGAUGCACCUCCCGUUGCAGACCUGCGCAACAUGAUCUUGGGAGAGCCCUCAAAACUACGCUCGCAAUUCCGGUUGACAUACAACAUGAUCCUGAACCUCCUUCGAGUAGAAGCAUUGAAGAUUGAGGAGAUGAUCAAGCGCAGUUUCUCUGAACAUGCCACUCAGCAGUUGCUUCCCGAGCAUGAGAAGGAUGUGAAACUAGCACAAGCAGAUCUGGCCAAAGUCAAGCGGGACUCUUGUGAGAUAUGUGAUGUUUCAAUGGACGAAUGCCACCAAGCAUCUCAGGACUUCAAAAGGCUCACAUUCGACCUAUACAAGGGCCUAUUGGCCAUCCCUAUAGGACGAAGAAUGUUCUCCCAGCACCGCCUUGUGGUGUUUAAUUGGGAUGGUAUUCGCUCAGUUGGCAUUCUUCUGGCAGAUGGAAUUAGCAACAAGGGCACUUCGGAAGAUCCAACACUCCAUAUAUGCGCCAUUAAGUCCCUUCGAGACCGACGCGAUGCCACCGACCAGCUUCCAUUCGUUCCUACUUUCCGAAAAUACUUCCAUGAGCUCCCAAAGAGCAAGAAGCGAGUGCAAACUAAAACUCUUCAUGUCCCUCUGAGCGACGUAGAAUGCCUUACAAGAUGGGUAACAAAGGGCAUCGUCCCUGAGAUCUUCCAGGGUGGAGAUGGUUACCAUCAAGCGAAGGAUCGCCUCCAAGAACUAUGUGGCUCAUGGGAUGACAGAUUGGAAGAGCUUGAUUUGUCUCGAAUCAAGCAAUUACAACUUCAGGAGAUUGUAGAGACGAGGGUUGGCUUGAUUAAGACGAUAUCGGACUCACCUGCAGAGAAGUGCUCGGAGUUUUUGAAGCAUUUCGCUAUGUGUCACGAUGAGUGGCUCAUUAAGGAACAUAUCUCUCAGCUGAAGCAGUCGCUAUCGGACCAGAAUCUGCAACUUCUGCCCGAUUACGAGCAGCGAGUCCAAGUGCUUAAGGAGCUUGGCUUCAUUGAUGACGCCACUCGCAUUCAGCUCAAGGGCAAGGUUGCGUGUGAAGUCCAUUCCGGUGAUGAGUUGGUUCUCACUGAACUCAUUCUCGACAACGUUCUUGCCGACUACGAACCAGCCGAAAUUGCCGCCCUGUUGUCCGCUUUUGUGUUCCAAGAAAAGACCGACAUGGAACCGUCUUUAACUGGCAACCUCGAGCGUGGAAAAGAAACCAUUGUCUCUAUUUCCGAAAAGGUCAACGACGUACAAACUCGAUUGCAGGUGAUCCAAUCUGCUGAUGACUCCAACGAUUUCGUGUCUCGACCACGAUUCGGCCUCAUGGAAGUGGUGUACGAAUGGGCUCGGGGCAUGAGCUUUAAGAACAUCACCGGCUUGACCGACGUUCUGGAGGGUACUAUUGUGCGAACGAUUACACGACUAGACGAGACAUGUCGUGAGGUGAAGAAUGCAGCCAGAAUCGUGGGUGACCCAGAACUGUACCAGAAGAUGCAGCAGGCUCAGGAAAUGAUCAAGAGGGACAUCACAGCAGUGGCAAGUCUUUACAUGUAG